UUUAACGGAAAAAACCUUUCCAUUAGAUGUUCCCCUUCUAAUAAGCCUUCACUUUCGCUUAUUUCCGUCCCAGCUGUAUCCUUUGAUUCCUUUCGCCUCCUCUUCUCUUGUCAAGCACCUCAACAUUUUUGAUACUCCACAGUUAUGGCGAGCAGACACCUAUUUGAAUUCUCAAUGGCUAUGGCUUGCAAUUUUUAAAUACUUCGCACUAUUCGCAUAAGAUGUUCGUCGAUUUCACACUUGUAAAUCGAAAAAGAAGUGACUACAGUUUAUCACUUUAUCUACAGUUUAAAAUAUGGUGGAUUGCAUUUCUUCCGCUCAGAGGGAAGGUCGGCACUACUCACUGGCGUUUGACACAUUGUCUCCAUUCGUCUUCUCCCUGCAAUUAGGUUAUACUGUUUUUUAUUUUAAUGAUAUCGAUGAUUGCAUUUGAAUCUCUCAUUGAUUGUGAAAUUAAAGAUAGAUGGUAAGCCUUUGUUUUUUUGAGUUCCAGUGAAGACCAACUUAUGACAUCUGCUAAUUCUCUGGGAAAAACUCAUGCGCUACCUCACCGCAUUUGUGCGGACCAUUCAAGUGAGAUUAUUCUUGGAAGCGGUCAGAGAAGAGGAGAUCUUUACAAGUUUUAUCAAGUUCAUGCUGAUAGUCAUCCUAGUCCUAAUACACAUAUUAUGUGUAAUACUUCUACUAGUAAUAAACAAUUUGCAUUGAAUAAGUGUAAGCAUGUUGAUAUCUCUUUGAUCCGUGCUAGACUAGGCCAUACUUCUAUUGAGAAGUUGAAACACAUAUAUGAUAGCAGUGUACAUGGAAUAAAAGAAUAUUUCUGUGAAUCAUGUGUCGUAGCUAAACAUCAUAUUUUACCAUUUCCUAGAAGUGAUUCCUAUGCUAAAACCUGUUUUGAUUUACUGCACAUGGAUGUUUGGGGACCAUAUAAAACCCCCACUAUGACUGGAGCUAGGUCUUUUCUAACUAUUGUUGAUGAUCAUUCAAGAACCACCUGGACGUUUUUUAUACAAAACAAG